AUGACAACUGAGGACAGGGAAGUGAUGGAAGCCCGGGGGGCGGGAGAAAGCUGCCCAACCUUCCCCAAGAUGGCGCCUGGUGAUCCCAUUGCUGAAGGGAAGUCAAAGGCUUCUUUGGAAGCAGAUCCCCCGAAGCCAGACUCCUCCUACGAGGAGAUGGAGACUUGCGAGGAGCGAGGCUGCCAAGGGCCGCCGAAGCCGCUGCCCCUCAAGGCCGGCCCUACCACCAAGGGCCAGGCGGGCGACGGGCCCCAACUCGCGGAGCUGCCCCCGGAACCCGGGACCAAGCGCCCCGUUGAGAUAGAGCUGGAGAAGAUGCGCAUGGAGUUCGAGCUCACGCGGCUCAAGUACGUGCACGAGGAGAACCAGCGGCAGCGGCAGCACGAGGAGGUGAUGGAGCAGCUGCAGCAGCAGGCGGCGCCCCGCCUGUUUUCAGGAGGGCUCCAGGAUCUCCUGCUCCCCCAGAACCAGUUUGCCAUGUUCCUGUACUGCUUCAUCUUUAUACACAUAGUUUAUGUCACCAAGGAGAUGGUCGUCUUUCUCUUCUCCAAGCAUUACCUCUUCUGCAUUGCAGCCAUUUUGCUCUAUUUGAUUAAAACUUUGUGGCCAUACUUCCAAGUGCCUUUAGUCUCUCCAUCACUGGGAAUCCCCAUUCUAGGGUGUCAUCAGGACAUGAUCGAAAUUAGCUGCCACCCUGUCUUCCUCCUCCCUUCCUGGAACCUCUUUCCCUCAUGUCGUGCCUCCCUCCAGUCAGAACCUUCUCCUAGGGAAGACCUUGCUUUCAACCAUUUAAACUUUAGUGUGAAGAAAAAUGUUCAGGCCUCUUGUACUAAGCCUGAGUUCUCACUGUGGACGAAGAUGCUUUGUCCUGAGGACUUCAUUUUCGAUCUGGCAUGUAAAGAGCUUGGAAGUCAUCACUCUCAUAACAAGAAAAAAGCAGAAACUGAAAAAGAACAACUCUUCUGAGAUCCCACAGAGAAUUGAGGUCACAGAGCAAACCAGCACUCCAAAAACUGGAGGCAC